UCUCCAUAUUCAACUUGGCAAGUUGCCUGUAGUAAUGUUACAGCAUGGUCAAGUCCACCCUAAUUAAUAGUACCUUAUAAUUGAGGCAUCAAAAUCCUCAGCAGUUCCAUGUUCUAUUGCUCAGAAAUAUAUAUAAUCUGUCAUGCAUAUGAUUCCAGCUACCCUCUCAUCUCUCCUAUCUCCCUCCAUAUAUCUCAUACAAACAACACAUAGUUUAACACUAAGUAGAGAUAUACAUAUAGAUAAUUAAGAGAGAGUGAGAACAUUAUAUAUUCCACUUGCUCUUGAGCUUUUUAAUUUGUUGUUACUAAUAGUCAUAGCUAGAAGGGUGCAAUUAAUGAUGGAAUUUCAAAAUAAGGUCCAUAUCAUCUCUUUGCUCUUAUUAACGUUUGCAUUUUCAUCCAUUCUUGGUGUGCCAAAAGAGCAAGAACAAGAUCGAAUCUCAGCACUCCCGGGGCAGCCACGUGUGGAAUUUUCUCAAUUCUCUGGUUAUGUAACUGUGAACGAGCAACACGGACGAGCACUCUUCUACUGGCUCACUGAAGCCCCCAUUUCACCGGAGAAUAAGCCUCUAGUUCUCUGGCUCAAUGGAGGGCCAGGUUGCUCGUCGGUAGCAUAUGGAGCAUCAGAGGAAAUUGGGCCGUUUCGGAUAAAUAAAACUGGCUCUUCUCUGUAUCUCAACGAAUAUGCAUGGAACAAAGAAGCAAAUAUUCUCUUUCUUGAAUCGCCUGCUGGUGUUGGCUUCUCAUAUACAAAUACCAGCUCUGAUCUCAAAACUUCAGGGGACAAAAGGACAGCUCAAGAUGCUCUAAUUUUCCUAAUUAGAUGGAUGUCAAGAUUUCCACAAUAUAAAUAUAGGGAGUUUUACAUUACUGGGGAGAGCUAUGCAGGUCAUUAUGUCCCCCAGUUGGCUAAGAAAAUCCAUGAUUAUAAUAAAAUGAAUCCCCUCGUUAUUAAUCUCAAAGGGUUCAUGGUGGGAAAUGCCGUGACUGAUAGCUACAAUGAUGGGAUCGGAACAGUCACAUAUUGGUGGAGCCAUUCUUUGAUAUCUGAUCAAUCAUACAAAUCUAUCCUUAAAUAUUGCAAUUUCACCGCAGAAGAAACAUCUAAAAAAUGUGAUGAUGCUUGGAAUUAUGCGGUUACCUAUGAAUUUGGAAAUAUAGACCCAUACAGUGUCUAUACUCCUACUUGUACAGCAUCAAACAAUAAUACUAUCAGGCACGUGCGAUUCAAGAAUACAAUUCUUCAUACGCUUUCUGGGUAUGAUCCAUGUACUGAAAAUUAUGCAGAGAAAUAUUAUAACCUUCCUGAAGUGCAGAAAGCAAUGCAUGCAAAUGUUACCAACAUUCCUUACAAUUGGACUGCUUGCAGUAAUGUGCUCCUAAAAUUCUGGAAAGAUUCUGAAGUUUCCGUGUUGCCCAUAUACAAAGAGCUAAUUGCCGCGGGAUUGAGAAUAUGGGUUUUCAGCGGGGACACAGAUUCUGUGGUUCCAGCAACUGCCACAAGGUUUUCUCUCAACCACCUUAACCUCCCAAUCAAAACUCGUUGGUAUCCAUGGUACUCAAGUGGACAGGUAGGUGGGUGGACAGAGGUGUAUGAAGGACUAACUUAUGCAACAGUAAGAGGAGCUGGCCAUGAAGUCCCUUUGUUUCAGCCAAAGCGAGCUUAUGUACUUUUCAAGUCCUUUUUGGUAGGAACGGACCUACCAAAAUAUUGACAUAAUGUAAAUUGCAACAUUUAUUAAUACAUAUUUCUUCCAUGCACCUCGAUUUAUUUAACUAGCCUACGAUC